UCCCCCUCUCUCGUCUCUUUCUAUCAUAUUUCUCAUCCAUGGGUAACAUCGCCAGCUGUUGUGACUCUUGCUUUCGCUCGCGCCGGUCCCAGUCUUACGAGCCUCUGCUGCUCGAAAACGAGCGAGAAGCAGUAGCAGACCUCCUUCAGUACUUGGAGAACCGAACAACGACCAAUUUCUUCGAGGGCUCACCUCUCUCCGCGCUCACAACACUCUCCUUUUCCGACAAUGUCGAUCUCCAACGUAGCGCCGCCCUUGCUUUCGCAGAGAUUACCGAAAAGGAGGUACAGGCCGUCAAGCGGGACACGCUUGAUCCCAUUCUGUUUUUGCUCAGCAGUCACGAUACGGAGGUGCAGCGGGCUGCAAGCGCUGCGUUAGGCAAUUUGGCGGUUAAUACGGACAACAAGCUUCUCAUUGUGAAACUCGGUGGAUUGGAACCUCUCAUCCGACAAAUGUUAAGUCCUAAUGUGGAGGUGCAAUGUAACGCUGUCGGCUGCGUCACAAACUUGGCAACUCAUGACGACAACAAAACGAAGAUCGCCAAGUCUGGUGCCCUUGUACCCCUCACUCGUCUGGCCCGUUCAAAGGAUAUGCGCGUGCAGCGAAACGCCACAGGAGCACUUCUCAACAUGACCCAUUCCGAUGAGAACCGACAACAGCUUGUCAACGCUGGCGCGAUUCCUGUACUCGUCAGCUUGCUGAACUCACCAGAUACCGAUGUCCAGUACUACUGCACUACGGCCCUCAGCAACAUUGCAGUCGACGGGGCUAAUCGUAAGAAGUUGGCCACCAGCGAACCGAAACUCGUUUCAAGCCUGGUCAUGCUUAUGGACAGCCAGAGCUUGAAGGUACAAUGCCAAGCUGCGCUUGCGCUCCGAAAUCUUGCUAGCGACGAGAAGUACCAACUCGAGAUUGUCAAGGCCGAUGGCCUGCAACCUCUCCUUCGCCUGCUCCAGUCAACAUACCUUCCCCUCAUCCUCUCAUCUGCCGCUUGUGUCCGAAACGUGUCUAUUCACCCCAUGAACGAAUCUCCAAUUAUCGAAUCAGGCUUCCUUCAGCCUCUCAUCAACCUCCUCUCCUUCAAGGACAAUGAAGAAGUGCAAUGCCACGCCAUUUCCACUCUCCGCAAUCUGGCUGCUAGCUCCGAGAAGAACAAGCUCGCGAUCGUGAAGGCCGGUGCGGUUCAGUCUAUCAAGGACUUGGUUUUGGAGGUGCCGAUGAACGUUCAGAGCGAGAUGACGGCAUGUGUGGCUGUUCUCGCCCUCAGCGACGAGCUGAAGGGUCAACUCCUCGAGAUGGGUAUCUGUGAAGUUCUGAUACCCUUGACGAACUCGCCAAGCUCGGAGGUCCAAGGGAACAGUGCUGCGGCGUUGGGUAACCUUUCAUCGAAAGAUGGCCGAUCUGCCAACGAUGAUUAUUCCGGAUUUAAUGACGUCUGGGAGAAGCCUGACGGCGGUAUGCAUCACUACCUCCAUCGCUUCUUAAGCAGCCCCGAUGCCACCUUCCAGCACAUCGCGGUUUGGACUAUUGUCCAACUGUUGGAGUCAGGAGACCCACAACUCAUGAGUAAUAUUCGCAACUCUGGUCUUUUGGUUCCGACCAUCCGUGAGCUGAGUAACUCGCGCUCCGUCUCACCUUCAUCAUCCGUUGGCGGUACUCCACGGUCGCAUCGUUCACAAGCAAACUCGUACCAGGAGACCGAGCCAGGCGAUGGCCAGGGCGAGAUCCAGAUGCUUGCUCGGAAGAUCCUUGAGUUCGUCGAUGGUGAUGAGCAGAUGAUCAUGGGUUCCGUCCCGUCACAUAUACAACCAGGCUCUUCAUUAGGGCAGGACUCCAACGUCAGCGGGAGUCAGCACGAGGAGCUACGGAAGAGUGUGAGGGAGGCGUUUGGUGGUAGUGGCAAAUUCCACUAAUGGUUUUCAUUUACUCUGCUAUCUGGUCUGCAUUGUUACGUCCUUGCCUUUGAGGUUGUGGGCAACUCGGGUGCGGGUACAUCGGAGACGGACUGUUUUUCUCAUUCGUUUUCUAUCUUCUUAUGCACCUCCGCAUGAGCAUUUGCAUCCCAUAUCCAUAUGUUGGCUCAUUUAUUCCUGUUCAUCGUUUUCUCUGUUCGGAUCGUCUCUCCCAAGCCGUACAUUCCUUCCGUCUCUGUCCCUGUCCCAUCAUUUGACCUUCAUAUGUACAACUUUCUAAUACUCGGUCUUCCUGUGUCAAAUAUUGGUUUACUCUCAUAUAGUCUCUCUCGGCGCCACCGACCGUAUUAUUGCGCCAUUACAUCCACUGCUGCCUCCUCUCCGUCUGUUUCCCCCGUGCUCCUUGUUUUUCCUCAUUUUGUAGUCCACACCCCAGGACUCAUUAGUAUCGCUCCGUUCU